AUGAGCCUUAAUUGGCACUUCAGGUGCAACACGGCCAGCAACCCACAUCCCUAUGACCUAGCCACCUGGAGUAAGGCCUGUGAUGUCCUCGCAAGCUUCGCGGAGUUGCAAGAUCUCUGGGUUCAUCUAAUUGGGAACUAUGUCACGCCAGGCCUAUAUCGAAAGGAGCAAUGGGGACCACUGCUAGAUGCACUAUCUCGGAUCAAGACCACGAAAACGUUCGAUGUUAUUCUACACUGGUCAGAGGAGGAGUGUGUAGAAGCAGAAGCAGCGAAAGAAGGAGGGUACUCGUUUAGGUUGGUGCCGAAGUUAGAGCCGUUAGAUGGACACUCUAAGGAAACUCUUAUGAUUAUAAAAUGA